AUGUACAUUUGUACGCAAUUGGAAUGUCUGAGUGAUACAUUAAUUCAUCAUGAUAAAUCUCUAUCAAAUUCCAGAUUUAUAUUUGAAUAUGAAAAAUUAUCAAGUCCUGCAAUGGGUGUACAAUGUGUACAAAAUAUUUUAUCAUUAUGUGUUGUAUCUUUAGAAUUGUCAUUCAUUAAAUACGAUCAUUCUCAAAAACCAAUUAAAAUAACUGGAGGUCCUUUUUAUAUAUUAUCCUUGGAAACAUUUAAAUCAUUGACAGCUUUGUGUCUAUCAAACGCCGUAAUUCUCCGUCAACUAUCAGAAGAAACAUAA